AUGCAGCGCAAGAAAGAGGAACAGAAAUACUUGGAGGUCCGCAUUGACAAGGCGAAUGAGAUUCUUGGCAUGGACAACUUCAGGCUGCACCCUUUCUGCGUGAGCGCCUACUAUCCAGGAGAGUCGGAAGAAGUUAUCGAUGCGCGGAAGACAAAGAUGGUGCCAGCCAAAAAGAGUGCACCGGGCUCCCGCCGAGAGGAUGUGUUUUUUUUCGAGACGAUCCGCGUGCCUUAUAACCCAAGGCAACAGCUUCUUCACGUCGAGAUUUUUGAAGUACAAGUGCCACUCCAAAUGCAGUUUGAAGAUGAGUGA